UGUCAACGAUCAGAUUCCACGAGAUCUGCGUGACGAGAGAGAGAGAGAGAGAUGAGUGAAGCGCAGUGGAAAGGCAGCGAUGGACGGAGCGGUGAUCCUCAUCAUCACCAACAUCACCAUCACGAGCAUCAUCACUCUGAUCCUCAGUACGGGACGUUCCAAGGUGUGAGUUCGCAGCAGCCAGCGAUGGGGUUUCCCCAGCCGGUUCCGCCGCCAGGAGCCUCUGGUUAUCCGCCCCAUCCAGGCCAGAAUUACUAUCCCCAUGGCUACCAAUCUGUUCCAGCCUAUGCUGCUGUUGCUGAAGGAAGGCCUUUGAGAGAGCCACGUCUGCCUUGCUGUGGCAUUGGCCUUGGAUGGUUUUUGUUCAUCAUCGGGUUCUUUCUUGUUGCUAUUCCAUGGUAUGUCGCAGCCUUCAUAGUACUGUGUGCCACAAGAGUUGAUCAUAGAGAAAAACCAGGCUAUGUUGCUUGUACAAUUGCAGCUGUUGUUGCGACUAUCGCUAUUAUUUUUGGAGCAACAAAAGGAGCUGAUGUGUGGUGAUUGCCUGAUAGCCUUAAAGAACAGAAUUGUUUGGGUAUAGGGUGCCAAUGUAUGUUCAUAGCUGUUUAUGUACUCUAUAGUUGUUUCUGGUAUUCUAUCCAGUAAUACAUAGUGGGACCUGUUGCAGAUUUGUUUAUUUUCCUGUACAACUUAGCGAUCAUUCUGGAAUUUCACUUUGGUGUUUCUAUAAUAACUUUUCGUUAAUACAAGUCUUAAUAUCAUUAUGUAGCUGAUA